AUGUUUUACCUUCAGAUCACAAUACUCUGCAUGGCAGUGGUUCACGUGAUUUCCGACCUGCCACCAGGGACCAGACGCAACACGUACCUGCCACCUGAACCGACAAAGGGUUACAACUACGACACGCCUGGGAUACCAUUCCCAAAACCGACGACCACACGGCCACCGUUCUCGUCGACGACGCCUUACCCAUCCAGAACAACGCGUCCUUAUAAUCCCAAGCCCACCACGAAAUUCCCAUCACCGAGACCAACCCCUGGUACAGGAUACCCGCCACCAGGUCCCAGGCCCACCCCUGAGUUCCCAGACUAUGGGACACCAACUGGACCCACUCCUGGUGGACAUGACCAUCAUGGAAUGCCGUUCGACUUCAACUACGCGGUGAAGGAGGACGCGUUCGGCAACGAUUACUCCCACAACGCCAUCAGCGAUGGCGAUAUUGUGCGUGGAGAGUACAGAGUACAGCUUCCGGACGGUAGACUGCAGAUCGUCCGUUACACGGCCGACUGGAAGCACGGUUUCAGCGCGCAGGUCUCCUACGACGGGAAUCCCCGUUUCGACGUUCCUCGGCCGACCGGCACCUUCCAGGGCUAUUAA